GCCGCUCCCCAAACCCACCCUAAACCCUCCGGUCCUCGCCCCGGCCGGAACCCUACCCUUCCCCGCGCCGCCGCCAGACCACCCCGCCGCUUCUCCUUCCACCUCCUCUCGCGCUGCCGUCCGUAUCUCCUGCGCUCGAGCUUAGCUGAGGCAUUAUGGGCAAGUCGAGCAAGAAAUCCGGUGUUGAGGUUGCACCUGCUGCUGUCUCAGUCCCAGAGGGCAAGUCUGCAAAGAAGGGGAAGAGAAAUGCGGAAGAUGAGAUUGAGAAGGCAGUCAGUGCGAAGAAGCAAAAAACUGUACCUGUAAAGGUUGAGCCAGUGAAGAAGCAGCCCCCUCCCAAAAAAGUUGAGAGCAGUAGCUCUGAGGAAGAUUCUUCAGAUUCUGAAGAGGAGGUUAAGGUCCAGCCAAAGAAGGUUACUCAAUCAAAGAAAGGCACGCAACCUGCUAAAGAGGAGACCAGUGAUGAUAGCAGCGAUGGGACCAGUGACAGUGGUGAUGAUAGCAGUUCUGAUGAUGAACCUGCAAAGAAGCCCACUACCCUUACAAAGAAGCCUGCUGCAGUGGUUAGUAAUGGUUCCAAAAAGGUUAAGUCUGAUAGCAGCAGCUCUGACAGUAGCUCGGACGAUGAAUCUGAUGAGGAUGAAAAGCCUGCUGCUCAGCUAAAGAAGCCUUCAGUUGCCUCCACGCAAAAGAAGACCCAAGAGUCUGAUAGCUCUGACAGUGAUUCCGAUGAUGAAUCAGAUGAGGAUUCGCCUGUUAAAGCUCCAGUAGCAGCCAAGAAAAAGGAAGAGUCGAGUGACAGUUCUGGUUCUGAGUCUGAGGAUGAGGAUAACAAUGCUAAAACAGUAAAGCCUGCCAAGGCUGCUGCUCCUAAGAAGAAAGAGGAAUCUAGUGAUAGCUCAGAAUCUGACUCUGAGUCAGAUUCGGAUUCUGAUGAACCUGAAAAACCUACUGUUGCUGCAAAAAGGCCUCUAGCGACAGAUAAGAAGAACAAACAAUCCAGUGACGAAUCUGAGGAUAGUUCCGAUGAGAGUUCUGAUGAAAGUGACGAGGAGCCUCCUCAAAAGAAGCCAAAGGUACUCUCUCUUCAUGUUCGCUCUGCCUUUGAACAUUUUGUUUCACCUGCUUACUGUUCUUCUGGUUCUGCGAAGCCUGCCACUAAGGUUUCAAAGAAAGAAAGCAGCAGUGAUGAAGAAGAAGAUAGUGAAGAGGAAAGUGACAAGCAGGCUAAAACUCCCAAGACAAAAUUGGCACAGAAUGAAGACAAAACUCCUGCCAAAAACCAAAGUCAGUCUGCUGGAUCAAAGACGAUUUUUGUUGGCAAUUUAUCCUACAGUGUAGAUCGUGAACAAGUUAAGCAAUUUUUUGAGGAGGCUGGUGAGGUUGUAGAUGUUCGUUUGCCUACUUUUGAGGAUGGGAGCAUGAAGGGCUAUGGUCAUGUUGAAUUCGCUACAUCUGAGGCUGCUCAGAAGGCACUUGAAUUUGCUAAUCAUGACCUGAUGGGACGGCCUGUGAGGGUCGACAUUGCCGUUGAGAGGGGCGCGUACACUCCUGGCAGCGGGAGGGACAACAGUUCUUUCAAGAAAUCUGCUCCAAGGUCAGGCAACACUGUAUUUAUUAAAGGCUUUGACACAUCUAGUGGAGAGGACCAGAUCCGAAGCGCUCUUGAAGAACAUUUUGGCUCAUGCGGAGAGAUUGUUCGGAUUUCAAUUCCAAAGGAUUAUGAAACUGGUGCAUCCAAAGGGAUGGCAUACAUGGACUUCAAGGACCCCGAUUCCUUGAAUAAAGCAUAUGAGCUGAACGGAAGUGACCUCGGUGGCUACAGCUUGUAUGUUGAUGAGGCGAAGCCUAGGCCCGAUAACAACAGAGAUGGUGGCUUCAGUGGUGGCAGGCGUGGAAGCUUCAGUGGAAGAGGAGGGAGAAGUGACAGGGGCCGAGGUGGUGGCCGUGGACGCGACGGAGGACGUGGACGCGGGUUUGGAGGAAGGGGUGGAAGGGGUGACAGAGGCCGUGGAGGCCGGGGCACACCCUACAGGCAGAGCGCUGGUACAGUUAGUACAGGAAAGAAGAUGACAUUCGGUGAUGACGAGUGAAGCUUUGGUAAGCGACUAUAGUGAAAUGGGAACACCUAUUUAGUACCCUGAAACUUCUGUUAUUUGCUAUCCUAUUUCGUGCUGUGCUUCUUGCUUUGCUAUUUUGACAUUUUCCGAACCUCUUCUCAUCACAUUAGUUAUGAAAGUAUCUCGUUGACGUGUGAUCUGUCACGUUACUUUUGCAA